AUGUCGGUCCAUGCGCCAUCAAGGCCAAGCAAGAGAGCCCGCUCACCUCCAUCACCGAGUAUGUUUGACCGUCCAUCAAAAAGACCCUCGCUUGGGGGAGUGCUCGGAAUUGAUACAGCUAUCUAUGUCCCUAUACCUCGAAAUCCCAGUGUUCCGGAGGACUGGGUAGCACGGACGCAUGGCUUGAGAAUCGCAAGUCCUCUCUUUAAACAGGAGCCGCAAGCGCCUGUGCUUGAAACGAUGGAAGAAGAAACCCAGCGCGCUUUAGUUCGUUUAAAGCCUAUGGACCAACCUGUUAGCGAUGUGGCUAUGGCGGAUGUAGAUGUCCCUAUGGCUUCCUGCUCCCCACCUCGUCCCCGACACGGCAUAGAUGUCCUCUCGGAAGCGUGCAAUUCUGGCGACCCUACUUCGCACACUCCUUCCUCUCAACAUUUAAACUUAAUACGACCCCCAGAAGUGUCCAUGUUAGACUCAAGCCGGCAGUUGCGCCGGAAUCUGCAAAUUCCUGUGAUACAGGUGCAGGGUGCCACUCCGUCACCAGUAUCUGAACUAGCCUCAUUGCGGAGCCAUGAGAAUGAAGUGCCUGUGUCAGGCUCCAGGAGGCAAAAAUUCACCAUGGGACCAAGGGCAGACUGUGAGAAGUGUCAGAUGGGUGUGAAAGGCCAUUGGAUGCAUUUUGAUUGA